AUGACUACAUGGUUUAUCAAAACAGAAGCUCUCUAUCUCAUUCCAAUCCAAGCAUUCCUUAUAGUGAUAUUUCUAGUGACGGAAUUUGUUGAUAUUUUUAUUAUAUUGGAUCGUGUCGUUCCAGAUGGAAUGAUCCUGACCAGCUAUUCAGGAAUUGAAGUUUUUGUGACAAUAUUUCUACCCAUUUGUUAUUCUAUUUUUCAAGAUGAAAAACCAAAAGCGAUCAUUUAUGACACUGAAUUGGAAAUGAUAUUAAGCAAUAAGGAAAGUUUUGAAAUCUUUUUGGAUCAUUGUCGAAGAAGUUUUUGUGCAGAAGGAGUUUUAUUUUACAAGGAUCUCGAAAAAUAUAAACAUUGUCAAAGCAAUACUCGAAGAAGAGACAUGGCUUUACAUAUUGUUCAAUGUUAUUUGAUUCAAGGAUCACCUCAAGAACUGAAUAUUGGAAAUAUUGAAUCGUUAAGAGAAGAAAUUUUAUUCGUCAUUCACACAAAUAACUAUGCAGUUCAAAUGUUACCUGAUAAAUUAUUCGAUGGUGUGAAGAGUGUGACAUUGAGUAAUCUUAUUGAUUCCUAUGAAAGAUUGAAGAGGCAAAAUCCAAAAAUUAAGAAACUCUCCAAUGAUUGGAAAGAGCAACAAGUAUUGAGCUCAUACAGCGCACGACCACAAUCACCAGUAACAGAAGGACCACCGUUGAUUAAUCAACUCUGA